AUGCCUCUCUACGCCUCCGUCCACGUCUCACCCUCGAUCCCCUGGACCGCACCCAACGGCAAACCGGGCGGCCCCUGGUCCCCGAUCGCAUGCACGUUGAUCCACACAUCCACGCACGCGGUGCUGGUCGACACGCCCAUCACGGUGUCGCAGACGGACGGGCUGAUCGCGUGGAUGGAGCAGACCCUGGCACCGGGGGCGACGCUCGACUACAUCUACGUCACGCACGGGCACGGCGACCACUGGUUCGGCAUCAACCGGCUGUUGGCACGGUGGCCGGGGGCGCGCGCGGUCGCCACCCCGGGCACCAUCGCGCACAUGAAGGGGCAGAUCGCGCCCAAAGCCUUCCAUGCCAUGUGGGGGUCGCGAUUCCCGGACCAGAUUGACAUGGCGUUCCGCCUGGCCGAGCCGCUGCCGGCGUCGGGGACGUUCUACCUGCCCUUGGACGAGGGCGACGCCACCACCACCACCCCGAAGGGUGUUGAUGAGCAAGGAUACAAACUCCAAGCCGUCGAGGUUGGGCACGCCGACACACACUCGUCCACCGUGCUGUUCGUGCCGGCGCUGCGGCUCGUGGCCGCCGGCGACGUGGUCUACGGCGACGUGCACCAGAUGCUGGGCGAGGCCAACACGCACGCCCUGCGCAUGGAGUGGGUGCGCGCCGUGGACACCGUGGCCGCGCUGGACCCGACCCCGCAGGUCGUCGUGCCGGGCCACGUCAAGCCGCACGAGCUGUGCGGGGCGUGGCACCUCGAGCGCACACGGCGGUACAUCCUUGACUUUGACGCGUUGGUCGAAGGAGGAGGAGGCAGCGGUGAUGAUUCCCCCCGGCCCCAGAAUGCCCGCGAGCUCGUGGCCCGAAUGAAGGAGCUGUGGCCCACGCGCUUCAAUGACGGGGCCUUGGUCGUCGGCGCCAUCAACGCGUUCAAGGUCAAGGAGAAGGAGAAGAAGCAGAAGCAGCAGAAGGCCGACGCGGGCCGUGGUGGUGGAGGGAAGUUGUGA